UUUAUUAAAAUUAACAAUUAAGAAAAAAAAUAUUGUAAUGCUCCCAUUUAAGCAAGAGGACAAUAAACAUGAGUAGCUAAGACCGGCUGAGAUUAUCAAACCCCCCAUGCCCUGGCUACUUCUAUAAUUCUCUGGUGGCCAGUAGGGGUCUUAUUAAUCAAUCUGUCAAAUCAAAUGGAAAACAUCCCUGAAGUCUACAGCCACUUGGAUGAAUAUGACUAUGCAAAACAAUUGAAGGAAUUCCUUGAGACGAAAGCUGGAGUGAAGGGGGUUGCAGACUCUGGAGCAAUCAAUAUUCCUAGAAUCUUCAUCCAUCCACCGGAGAAUCGACCCAAAUCAACAUCGUAUGGCACUGAUACUUGUCCUCGAGUCCCUAUUAUCGAUUUUGAAGGGUUAGAAAAUGGGAAGCGAAUGGAGAUUGUCAAUGAGAUACGUGAAGCAGCAACAACAUGGGGCUUCUUCCAAAUGGUCAACCAUGGAGUUCCACUUGCCACAAUGGAUAAAUUGUUGGAGAGAGUGCGUCAGUUUCAUGAGCAACCCCAAGAGGUGAAAGAGGAAUGGUACUCGGAUGAUGAAACAAGAAAGAUCAGGCUCUAUAGCAAUGGAUAUUUCACUGCAUCGAGGGCGGCAUAUUGGAAGGACACUUUAAUCUUUCUUGCUGCCCAACAACUUGAAAAAGAACAAGUUCCUCAAGUUUGCAGAGAUGCUGUUAUUGAGUACACAAAAUGUCUGAUGCGAUUCAAGGAGACAGUGUCUGAAUUACUCUCAGAGGCUUUAGGGCUGAGUGGUGAUUGCCUAGCCAAAACUGAGUGCAUGAACUCUGUUACACUGGCGUGCCAUUAUUACCCGGCUUGUCCUCAGCCUGAGUUGACUUGGGGGAUAUCGAGCCACACGGACCAAGAUUUCAUAACGUUACUCUUGCAAGAUGACGUUGGUGGCCUCCAAGUUCUUCACCAAGAUAAGUGGGUGGAUGUACCCACUAUCCAUGGAGCCCUUAUUUUAAACUUUGGUGACUUGAUGCAGCUGAUAACAAAUGACAAGUUCAAGAGUGCCCAGCACAGGGUGCGGGUGGUGCCAACGAAUACCAGGGUAUCAAUUGCAUCUUUCUUCUUUCCAACUUUUGCUAACCAAGGAAAACCAUUCGGACCAAUUAAAGAGCUUCUGUCUGAGAAAGAUCCACCCAUUUACAGAGAAACUAGUCUUCAAGAAUAUAUAACUUAUAUGAAGUCAAAAGGGCCAAAUCCAUCUGCAUCCCUUCCUCAUUUCAAGGUCUCGUCUUAACUGUGUUCUAGUUCUUAAAAUUUCAGGGGGAGUGAACCAGUAGUUUCUAAUUUUAUCUUUGUUUGUUCCUGCAGUGAUUGCAAAUAAGAUUUUAAUAAAACAAGAGCCUUCCAGCUUAUUAAUGAUUAGAAACCAUCUCUGGUUCAUAAUAAUUUUAUUCAAGUUAAAAGUGUUGUGGCUGUGGUAUGUUUUUUUAAAAUUUACAAUAUGGUAGUACUAGAUUUUAAAUCAUGGAAUCAGAAUUUGCAAAAGCUUUACCCUGUCUGUUACUUUAAGUUAAGGAGUCAUAAGAAAAGAACAGAGGGGGAUAAGUCAAACUUCUCCUAACAACAGAAGGUAUAAUUUAGAAAAAGCAGGAAUAUUACGUGAAUAUAAUUAACAAAUAUGGAAUCCUUUAAGAGCAAACAUGCAUCAUCAAGAACAUGUUCAUUCCAAUUUAAAAAGCAACUUAGACAAGUAGCGAUUACAUAGUUUAAUCACAUUGCAGUUGAAGAUGCAGUAAGUAAUUGACGAAAUGAAAGGCCAGAUUAAUGAAGUAUUUUAGGUAAUGACAAAAAUUGGAACACCAUGAAAGAAACCCAUCAAACUAAAACAAAAAAGAAAUAUGAAAUCUUCACCAGUUAACCUUAAAGAAAAAAAAAAAAACCAUUUUUCUUUUAAGAGAAUGAUCAGGUAGAGCUAAUACUAAGAUGCCAUCAUCAUGGCAAUCAAACCAAUAGGGAAACAAUAUCACAAUCAUCACUUCAUUCUCCGUACACCCAAAACUAUUUUCAAAAAUGUAAAUCAAUGAAAAUGAGAAACAAAGUAGAAAAUGUUUUAAAAGGAAGUUCUUUUUCAGGAUUCAAAAACAAGCAGAACAAUCUUGAAACAUAGGUAAUAACAUAGCAAAGUUUAAAAAGUAAUAAAAAACAAUAGCAAAUACUAUCAAUUUGCAAAGGUAAAGAGAAUGAUCAGAUAGAGCUAAUACAUUAUAGUUGCCAUCAUUACGGCAAUCAAACCAAUAGGGAAACAUUCAGUUCAUCAUCUCAUUCUCCAUCCACCUUUUAAAAAAACCAAACACCAGAACCAUUAACAGUGUUAAACCAGAGAACAAUUGCCAAAGCUAACAAAACAUAAAGCACAAGCAAACAAGAUAACCAAAGUAGAACUAAGUACUACUAUGU